UCAGCUUAUCAUUCCUGAUCUCUUCAUCGCCAAUCACAACUUCAAUACGCAAAUAAAAACAGAGCAGAGAAAUGCUGAAGCAACAUUUCAGCCACCGCCACCCACUGGCCGCCGUGACGGUGGUGGAGGACGACGGAACGAUCUGCUCCGGCUGCGAAUUCCGACUUUCCGGCGCCGCCUACAAGUGCACAAAGCCCAAAUGCGAAUUCCACCUCCACGACCUCUGUUUCGCCCUUCCGCCGGAGAUCCACCACCCCUCUCACCCAAAACACCCCCUCAUACUCGCCGGAUCUUCGCCGUACGUCGGCGGGGAGUUCGCCUGCGAUGCGUGCGGCGACGUGGGCUCCGGCUUCAUCUACCGGUGCCCACGAUGCCAGUUUGAUCUCCAUAUCCACUGCGCCACCUUGCCGGAGACGGUGGCCGGAAAAAACCACGAGCACCCGCUCCGGCUUGAGUUCCAGUUUAAGGGGAAGGGAUUUUGCUGCGGUGUUUGUGAGGGAGGUUUUGGAAAUGGGUGUUGGGUUUAUUACUGUAGGGUUUGUGAUUUUGGGGUUCAUGUUCACUGUUUUGUGGCUGAAGAUGAAGAUGAAGAAAUGGAAUGAUUUUGAUGGAGAUGAAUUUGGUUGGUCUUUCUUUUUUACUCAUCUUUUGUAAUUGUAUAGAUGAAUUUCAAUGUUUUUGGAAUUUGGGCUAUAUGCAUUUUGAUCUGUUUCAAUCAUGUUUUUAUUUAUCACGCGGUUUUUUUCCAAUCAAUUAGUUCAAAUUUAUAUGA